AUGUGUAAACAGACACAGGCCAAGUUUAGUGACGCUGACUACCACAACCAUAAGUUUAGUGAUGUUGAAUACCACAACCAUGAGUUUAGUGAUGCUGACUACCACAACCAUGAGUUUAGUGACGCUGACUACCACAACCAUGAGUUUAGUGACGCUGACUACCACAACCAUGAGUUUAGUGACGCUGACUACCACAACUAUGAGUUUAGUGACGCUGACUACCACAACCAUGAGUCUAGUGACGUUGACUACCACAACCAUGAGUUUAGUGAUGCCGACUACCACAACCAUGAGUUUAGUGAUGCUGACUACCACAACCAUGAGUUUAGUGAUGCUGACUACCACAACCAUGAGUUUAGUGAUGCUGACUACCACAACCAUGAGUUUAGUGACGCUGACUACCACAACCAUGAGUUUAGUGAUGCUGACUACCACAACCAUGAGUUUAGUGAUGCUGACUACCACAACCAUGAGUUUAGUGACGCUGACUACCACAACCAUAAGUUUAGUGACGCUGGCUACCACAACCAUGAGUUUAGUGACGCUGACUACCACAACCAUAAGUUUAGUGACGCUGGCUACCACAACCAUGAGUUUAGUGAUGCUGACUACCACAACCAUGAGUUUAGUGACGCUGACUACCACAACCAUGAGUUUAGUGACGCUGACUACCACAACCAUGAGUCUAGUGACGCUGACUACCACAACCAUGAGUCUAGUGUUACCACAGAGUCACAAGUAAUGACUAGUAAUGUAGCUGCUCCUGGCUGGUGA